AUGUUUAAUCUACUGGCUUUCAUUCAUUAUGGGUUACUUCCUUAUGUGUUUUGUAAUUUGGGCUUGUGAUCUCACUUUUACUGGUGUUUUGCCUAUGGGACUUUUUAAGGCCAGGGUUGAAGGUGUGUCCCUUCAGAACUGUUUUAUAUUUGCUUUUGGUAAGCAUCCAUGGUUAUUAUCAGCCUACAACCAAUAUUUAUGUUAAUUUUUCAGCAUGAGAUCAUUCAAAUUCCAAAUCUAUAUGUGGUAUAAACCCAUGGUAAUGAAUUUCCAGGAAGGGUUUUUAUUUCACUUCCAGCCUAGGCCAAUGCUCAUUCAUUUCCAUGUAGUCUCCCUGUUUGGGUGGUAGAUUUGUUUUUCUAGUCCAUCCUUUCAUUGAGGCUUUUGGUUUUAUGUAGGAAAGUCAGCUCUGCCUUCUUGCCUCAUUUGGGUUGAAUGCCAGGUUUCCUCUCUCUAUUUGGCUACUAAAUCCAAGUUCCCAUCUGUGCGGUCCACUAGAACUUGCCACAGUGAUGGAAUUAUUUUAUAUCUGCAGUCUCAUAUGGUGGCCACUAGUCACAUGGGGCUUUUGAGCAGCUGAAAUGUUACUAGUGAGAUCGAGGAAUUGAAUUUUGAGUUUCAAUUUAUUUCAAUUAAUAUUAAUUUAAGUACAUUUAAAUCAGAUUGCUGUUUAUGGCUUGUCACUACCAUCUUAGACAACAUUCCCUAUUGAGACAGACUACAUAUGUGAAGGCACUCACAGCAUCAUUUACUUCACUCACCAUUCUGAUUUUCAGUUCGCUCUUUAUUUAUGGCCCCAAGAAUUUAUCUUAUUCUUUUAACUGGGCAUUUAAAAGGACAUUCAAUUUUAUCUUGUGUUCUUGGUGAGCUGGAGGUUUUAUAUUAUCUAGUUCACAGUAUUGCCAGAAGUAGAACAUAGUCUCUGUUUUCAUUUUCUCUUCCCUCCAGUCCAUCAUCCUUACUGCAAAGCAACUUUUCCAAAAUGCAGAUCUGUUCUUGUUACAUUUCUGCUUUCAAGUGUUCCCUGUUCUCUCAGAAUGCAGCCCAAGUUCAGUGUGGCAUAUGAGGGCCUCUUCCCUCAGCCUUGCCUUUUAUUGCAUCUUCUCGUACUUCAUAGUCAAGCAGUGUCAAAUACUUGUAAUUCCUUAAACGUGUCCUGCUAUUUCAUACCAUAGGUACUUGGUUCAUCUUGCUCCUUCUACCUGGAAUGCUCUCCCAAUCCAGCCCCCCUUCUAUCUGCUGACCAACAUCUGCCCACCUUUUACAGCAGCUCACACAUCUCCUCCUCUCGGAAGGCUUUACCGACCCCUGUUUGUACCUCUUCUGGACCCUGUAUAGCAUUCGGUCACUUCACUGUGUUUCCCUCCCAGGGUGGACACUUAGGACUUGCUUUGCUUUAGUCUCUGGAACCCCAACACCUAGCCCGGGGACUGACACGUGGAGGUGCUGAUGCUGGCAUUUCUUUAUCCAAGAGGGUGAUGGCAUCUCUGUGAGACAUUCGUGGGGCAGCUCAAGGCACAGCCUUGCUCCAGGUAUUAGAGGAGGUCUGGGUUGGGACGGGGUGGUGUCUAUCUUCAGAGAGCUCUAAAAGUCGUUUUGAGGCUUCAAGUUCCUAAUAAGCCCAAACUUUACAGAUUCGUCCUACUUCAGUCCCAGUUCCCUGCCAGCUUUCCUUUCAUUUUCUGGGAGUCAGUAUGGUGACUGUGUAGUUGAGAGCCAGAGGGCCCUGCUUGUGUCUUUUCACCAAGCACCUGUGGGGCUACACAUACCCUCCUGACAGUUCUCUUUGGACCUGUUCUUUAUUCUUGCUGUGAAGGUGAGAGAGGGCAGUGAUAGUGAGCAGAGAAUGGAUUAGGAAAGAGUGGGGCCUUGGUUCAGUAUGUGGAAGGGCUGGCCUUUCCUCACUGAGCUUUUCUAUGCUGCUGAGCUGGCUGGGGGCAUCGUUCCCUUGCUCCUCAUCCAUCCACUGCUGCUCCAGGAAGGCAGUGAGGGCAGUGAGCCCCUGGCCUUUCCGUUCUAGGAGGACAAGAGUAUUAGGACUCCAAAUGAACCUUACCCAGUGUCCAGUGUUUCGUAGGUUUUUAGGGAAAUAUUUUUUGGAUUGAAACCUGCUUAGUUUGUCUCUGUCCCUCAGGAUGCCUACGAGCUCCUGCCAUCCUCGAGAGUGGUGGGUGGUGAGAGCUCUGGGCUGAAAGAAGUCUAGAUCUAACCUUAAACUCUGCCCUUACCUAGCUGUGUGACUUGGAGUAAGUUGCUUAACCUCUCUGUGUCAGUUUCCAGGUAUUGGGUGUAAGAUACCUAGCUAGACUCUCAGUGCUUAUGAGGUGCUUGGUGACUGUGUCUUCCCUUUUCUGCAUCCUUGUGGGAUAUUUGCUCUCACUUUAUAUAUGGGAAGGUCUUUUUGUCUUCCUUCUUCUCCUUGUCAUGUCUUUGUCAAGCCUUUCCAGCCUGAAGCAAAGGCUGUGUGUGUGUGUGUGUGUGUGUGUGUGUGUGUGUGUACAGAAGAUUAGAAAAAACCCAGUGGAGCAAAGAGGAGAUCCCUCCAACACCCAGGCCACCAACUUAUUCUUUCGUGUACUCGGACUUCUCAUCCUUAUUUUAUGUGGUCUUUUAUUCGGGACCUCAGAUCUGAAAAAAUUGGGCUAAAAGAUCUCAUACAGAAAGUUAAUCUAACUGAUUGACAGUCCAUUUCCCAGAAAUACAAAAGAUAACUUCAGAGGGCUGUUGCAGUUUAAGUUACGGGGGGUUGGGGGGGAUCCCCGUCCUGGAGGCAUCUGUGGGAGGAGGGACUGGGCCUGCCAGGUGAGAGCAGGAGGGGAGCCCAUGUGAGUGGUGAAUGGGUCAGGGAGCUGGCAGCUGUGGGGAGUGUGGACAUAUCUGUGAGUCUUCUCUCAGGAGCCCAGUUCUUUGCCUUCCUCAGCUGCUUUUCCUCCUUCAACUGCUUUAUUAACUUGGGCAGAAGUCUUGGGUCAGCUUUCAGGUUAGUUGUUGGCUGGUGUUUUCCCUGGGGGAGAGCUGGGAGACUGGCUGUAAUCACUCCCAUUAGCAGUUGGCAGCUCCCCAAUCUGCUUUUUAACUUGGACUGUCUCAGCCCUGACAUCUGCCAGGUCUGCUGUGAUGCUCACACACGAGUGAGGGCUGCACCCGCUGUUUAGUGCCCACCUUGCCCCAUGUGGGUGGGCCUUGGCACCAGCUGCCAGAGCUGAAGCUCUCACAUUGUGAAGUCUGAGAAGACCAGCUCCAAGAACCACUGUCCUAAUGAGAGCAGCUUUGCUCCCUGGUACUUACUGAAGUGCAAAGCUGUGGGGGCACAGAACUCUGAAUGUGGCCUCAGGAAGGAAUCCAGCCCAGAAAACAUCAUUAGUGGCUUGUGCCAUGAGGAAAUGUUCCCUGGGAGGUUAAGACAAGAGCUAAGUGGAAUUACGAUAACACCAGCUGCCUUUAGCUGAGUACAUGCUCUGUGCCAGGCACUAGGCUAAACCCUUUGAACUCAUGACCUCUCUUAAAAACCGCCUGUUAGGGUAGAUAUCGGCCCCUUUUUACGGUUGGAUAGUGUGAGGCUCAGAGAGGGGAAAUAACCAGUUCAAAAUCAUACAAGCUAAGUGGCAGAGCUGAGACCACCAACCCCAGAGCUCACGUUCUCACCACCUAAUAUCUCUGUCUGGCAUGACUGGACACAGAACCUUUUAAAGGUUCUGUGUGCCAGAGGCAGGUGGCAAUAGUGUAGGUUGGUGGUUCUAAAUCCCAUAUCUACCACGGAUUAGUUGUAAAGACUGACCUCCAAGAGACUGGAAAAAGCAGGUUUGCCCAAACUGACCCUUAUUCACUAGGUCGAUACAGGGGCAAGGGCUAGGCAAGCAGCUACCAUGGUGCUACCGCGUCCUCCGUGGCGCUGCGUGGUGUCAUCUAGGAAGGUGAGCCCCAGCAGCACAAACUUUAACAGCAAUAAAAUCAAGGCAGGGAACUUGCAGCCUGAAGUAUGUGGAGAAGGAGGAAGGGGCAGAUAAGCUUCCUGCCUUGCUUUGAUGUGGCUGGAAUGUUUGCAUUAUACAUGAGCCUCAGAUUUUUUUUUUUUUUUUGAGCCCCGAAUGCUCUAGUCAUUGUUUUUUCCCCUAAACCUCUAAAGCCAUAACUCUACCUGCUGCCUUCCUGAGUUGCUGUGGGUGUCCAGCCCCAGUCAUGGAAUAAAUCCCAGGGGGUGAGUCAGAAUGAGCUCCCAGCUUGUAGCUGCAGGGCCUGUCCACAGUGGCGGCUUAUAAUAUUAACUAGCACCUCUUUGAGCCUUUGUUUUUAUCAAGGUACCCAUAGCUCUAAAGGUCCCUUUAUUUUCCUCACUGCUAGAUACAUCUUUAUGAUUUUUUUUUUAAAGAUUUCAUUUAUAUAUUUGACAGAGAGGCAGCCAGCGAGAGAGGGAACACAGGCAGCGGGAGUGGGAGAGGAAGAAGCAGGCUCCCAGCGGAGGAGCCUGAUGUGGGGCUCGAUCCCAGGACUCCGGGAUCCCGCUGUGAGCUGAAGGCAGACGCUUAACGACUGAGCCACCCAGGCGCCCCUAUUAUUUCUAAUUCCCACUUUAAAGACCUCUGAGAAGACCAAAAGCCCCACUUGGCUGGGGCCACAUGAAUAAUUUUUACCUGUGCUCUCUCCCCAAGCAGUUACAUUGGAAGAAGUGCUCCAUUCACUGGAAAGUGGGACCUCCCUGAGGGUCUAUCACUGAACCCAGUGCAGGGCACAGGAAUAUGUAGAAAUUCAUGUCUGGGCUGCUGUUCCUGGUCCUUUUAAUCAGCAUGGCCUAAUUCCUCCAUUAGUUUUCAAGUGCCCGAAGGAGAGGCAGGCUGCCCCAAGUGAAAGGGCCCCGGCGUAGAGGCCAAAGCUGCCCCUGCUGCCUGCAAAAGAAGUUGUGCUGACCAGGAGCAGAGACCGGAACGUGUGGUCUGUGCCUGGUGCUCAGAGGCAUGAUGUCCACGGAGACCAAGGCCAUUCAGCCGGUGGGAUCGCUGAACGACUUUCCUGGGAAUCCUCUGCUCCGGUUAGGUCCUCCCAGUGUCAAUCCCGCCCCACUCCCGCUUCCCCGUUUCUCCCUCCUCCCCUCUCAUCCUCUAGGCCCCCCACAGGGCUCCCCACCCCAGCUCUCAAGCCUCAGCAACACCCCUUCCCCCUUUUGUUCCUGCUGAUCCAGCGAGCCAGGCUUUCUCCUUCUCUGGUCUCUCCUCCUCUCCCCCUUGAAUCCAGUCCUGGUUUCCCCGCCGCCAGCCUCCUUUUCCUCUCCGACUGGGCUAGCUCCCCGCCCCCGCCGCGCCCGUAGUCACCGCGGUGGGUUCAGCUCUUCGCCUACCCCGCUCCCAGCCACCCGGGGCUUGGCUCGCCCAGUCCGGUGGCUCCAGUCCGGAUCUCUCUGCUGCCCGACCCGGGUACGACUCCCAGCCGCUGGGGAGGAGGCGGCGGCUGGCCCCGGCUCCCCUCGGCCGCCUUGCCAGCCCGGGGUUGGCGGGGAGGGAGCAGCUGGGCAGCCCCCCGGAGCCCCUCGGAGGACAAUGCACCCAGCGCUCGGCAACCCCCGCUCGGUCUCGUCCUCGUCCGGCUCCUUCCCACCGCCCCCUGCCGCUGCCCGCCUGCAGCCCCUGUUCCUCCGGGGGGGUUCCUCCCGCGGCCGGAGAGGCUCGGGCGACAGCAGCACCAGCACCAGCACCAGCCGGGGGGGAGGCGGCGGCAGACGCGGCGGGGGCGGCGGCGGAUCCCCCAGCAGCAGCACCGGCGCCGAGAGAGAGGACGACGACGAGAGCAUCAGCAUCAGCAAGCCGCUGGUGCCAGCCGCUGCCGCGGGCCUCCAGGGACCCCCGGCUCAGGGGGGCGCCCCAGCCGCCGACCCCGCGCCCGCCGCCUUCUCCUCCUCGGCCGCCACCUCCUCCUCCACCUCCACGCCCACCUCCUCCUGCAGCAUGACAGCCGCGGACUUCGGCGGGGGCGCAGCGGCCGGGGCCGUCGGGGGCCCCGGGGGCCGCUCGGCCGGGGGCGCGGGCGGCACCGGGACAGGCAGCGGCACCUCCUGCUGUUCGUGCUGCUGCUGCUGCGGCUUCGCCUUCGCCUACCUGGCCUGGCUUAUCUACUCCAUCGCCUUCACGCCCAAGGUGGUGCUUAUCCUGGGCACGUCCAUCCUGGACCUCAUCGAGCUGCGCGCGCCCUUCGGCACCACGGGCUUCCGCCUCACCAUGGCGCUGUCCGUGCCCCUGCUCUACAGCCUGGUGCGGGCCAUCAGCGAGGCGGGCGCCCCCCCUGGCUCGGCGGGACCCUUGCUCCUGCAGCCCCAGCAGCAUCGAGCCGCCGGCUGCUUUCUGGGCACGUGUCUGGACCUGCUUGACAGCUUCACCUUGGUGGAGCUGAUGCUGGAAGGCCGCGUGCCGCUGCCUGCGCACCUGCGCUACCUGCUCAUCGCGGUCUACUUCCUCACCCUCGCCUCGCCGGUGCUCUGGCUUUACGAGCUCAACGCCGCAGCGGCAGCUUCGUCCUGGGGCCAGGCUUCAGGGCCGGGCAGCUGUAGCCGCCUUCUGCGCCUGCUGGGCGGCUGCCUGGUGGACGUGCCCUUGCUGGCGCUGCGCUGCCUCCUGGUAGUGAGCUACCAGCAGCCCCUCUCCAUCUUCAUGCUCAAGAACCUCUUCUUCCUCGGCUGCCGCGGCCUGGAAGCCCUAGAGGGCUGUUGGGACCGGGGGAGUCGGGCCUCCCCCAGUCGGGGGAGAGGGGGCUAUGGGGCUCCGCCUUCUGCCCCGCCACCACCACCACCACCACCUCAGGGAGGCUCCCAGCUGGGCCACUGCAUCUCGGAGAACGAGGGGGGUGCCCAUGGCUAUGUCAAUACGUUGGCUGUGGCCUCCCAGAAUUGAGGAGGGUUAAGGGAGAGGGGCUUGCUUUGGGGUUGAGAGACCCCAGCCCCUUGUCCUUUGACUGUCUCUCACUCAGAUUUGAUCAGGCUCUAUUUGGAAGACGGAACUGUUAAUAGGGCUGUGUCCUUCUGCACCCCUUGGGUCAAGACUGCUUGGAGGGAGACCAGCAGCUAAUGGCGAAGGAGGAAGGUCCACUUACUACUCUAGUCUUCCUUCUCCAUGCCCUACCCUAAUCUAGCCUCCAGGGGCCGGACACCUCUGCUUCUUGCUUUUCACACUGCCAUCCCAGUUCCUGUCCAUUGUGUGUGUGUGUGGGGGGGGGAAUGGUGAAAAGGGGGUGCCCAGACAGGGGUGCUGGGCCUUAAGCCUUCCCCCUUGCUUGCAAGUGCCAGCUUCGUAUAGGCUGUGAUUAGUGAUCAUUGUCCACGCCUUGAAACUGAUCCAGAAUCCACUGUUCCCCUGAAGUGUCUAUUGGAUUUUUUCCCCGGGUGGUAGAUGCAAAGGCUGUGUUUGUCUGUGUGUGUAGUAUAGUUUUCUUGUGUCUGCACUGUGGCCCCUUGCCAUCAGCAGGCGAUCUGGGGAGGCCCUAUCCUUCCCGCCACACAUACGACCACCCUCCUCAUUCCUACCUGAAUUUGUGGCCAUGAAUUCCCAGAAAGAGCUGGGCUCCUGGGAGCUGCCCAGUUGCUCUCCUCCAAGGGAGACACUCACCCAGGAUCUUCCUCAAUUCUACUCCUCUCUUCUCAGCUUGGGGGAGGAGAGGGUCCAUACUCUAAGGACCAAAAUGCACCCUUUCUUGGGUGAGUGAGCAUUUCUACCUCCGUGCUUACAACUUUUGUUGCAUCGUGCACGAUGCUGCUUGCAAAAAAUAAAGGCAAAAUACUCAGAAGUUGCAUUCAACAUGGCCACUGGAUCCAGCUGGGGUUUGGUGCCAGUCUUAUUACAGGGUCUGUGGAGCAUCAGCCAUUGGCUUGCCCUCCCUCUGCACCCAGAACGCUUAUCCUUCCCGAGGUUUGUUGCUGACUGGGUCAGAUCUUGGCUCAGAACAACAGCUUUGAUGGGGUCCCUGGAUAGAUGUGAAGUUGGGGCUCCCACUGGCUCAAGGAAAUCCAAUUUCCCAUCUAUCCUUCCUCUAGGAAGCCUGGUGUGGAUCAGAAAGGGUGGUGAUAAUGACCUGCUCAUUAACUCUGCUCUGCUUAAGAGAAUUUCUAGGGAGAGGCAGGCUGCAUGGAGAGGCUGAGCAAAUCCUCCCCUGCCCUGCCUUCAUCCCUGGGAUUCUUGUUGAGAUUAAUGACAAGGGACACCCAGGCGUUGCCCACCUAUAGCUGGGAUGUGGGACCUCACUCUUGGAAUCUUUGAGGGUGGAUAAGUAUUUUUAGGGUAGGUUAGAGUGCAGGAGGACAGUUGGCAGCAAGGCCAGGAAAUACUCGCUUUCCUCCACCCCAGACUAGGAAGGGGUGGGGGUAAAACUGUAAGAAUUUUUGUUUCCCCUCCCCACGUCGUAUGCUUUGUGUAGUGUAAUGGAGCCCGGACAAAGGACCAGAAGUCAUGGAUUGUAGUUUUGACUGUCACUCACUAGCUUGGAUGGCACAUCACUUUUGCUUUCUGGGCCUCCGUUUUUUACUUGGGGCCCUUCUCUCCCAACUUCUUGGGGGUUUGUUCACAGAAGACUUCCAUGUAGAUAGAGACACAGAGGGGCUGAUGUCUUGACCAGAGUCCUUCUGAGCCUCCCCUACUGUCAUAGUGGGGAAUGAUGAAGGAAACAUGUUUACAUUCAAUGUAUUAUCUGUGCUCCCAGCCCCUCACCCUCCUAGGUCCAAUAUUAGCGGGUUGAAUUUUACAACUAGUUUUUUUUCUUCUUCCCCGCUCCCUCCACCCCCAUAUCCUUUCCCUUUGAAUUCCAUGUGCUCAAAGUCCUGGGCCCAGACCACUCCCUGGGCUUCCAUCUUCUCUCUCCAGCUUUGCUCUGUUUCUCUGCUGCCUAAUCUCAGUGGCUGUGAACGGACUUUGUGUCUGAGCCAUGGCCGCCCCCCCCCCCGCCCCUGCCCCACCCCCUUUCUCCUGUUUGGAUGGUGGUCUCCCCCGCUGAGUGACUGGCUGUAAAAUCUGAGUGCUGUUGAGUUUUCUGGUGGGAGGCUGUGCUAGGUUCCGAUGAGCUACCACUUCCCUAGAACAUCGAGAGACUGACGGCAACCGGGCCAGCCCCGGCAGAGGGCGGGCCUGCUCAGGCUCUCUGCCGGCCCCCCACUCACCCCUGGACGUUCUCUUUCAAACAUCUGGUGCAAGCACUUUGCGCUCAGGGGUCAAUCCCUUCCUUCUGGUGUUUUUUUCUUGAGUGCUUUUACUUUCUUUCCUUGCCCCACUCACAAUGAGACAUGACCCCUAAAGUUUCAUUUUUUCUAGGGGCAUCUGUAGUGGGGGGUCAAACUGGAAAUGUUUCCCAGGGGCGGGGGUCUCAUAAACAUGAGGUGUACUUUCUCCUGAGGCUCAUGCCAGACGUAUGGUUCACAGGAAAGUACCCUGGGUUCAGAACUCAGACUGCUGGCCUCUAAUGUGUGAGUCAGUAAGGCGUGCCCUUGAUCUGAGCCUCUGACUCUAUGGACUGUAAAAGGGGCUUGGACCAGCCCCUCUCUAAACGCUGUUCUGAUAUAACCUGGCCUGGUUCUGAGUCUGUGUGUUUUUGGGGAAGAGAGCUGGUUGGAAGUUAGAGCCUGGAAGAAGGGAAGUGACACCUCACUAGCAUUGAGCACGUUUUUUCCCCCCUUUUUCUUUUUAAAAAUAAAACCAGCCUCUAUUCUGAAAAUAAAAAACUUGAGACUUGUGACAAGCUUCCUGUGUGGUUUGUUUUAAGAUCUUUCCUGUCCUGGUUUCCUUACUAAAUUCUUAAAGUCACUCUGACAUUUGUCAUCAUUUUAUAGGCUUGUGUUAACAUUGUGGGUCCACUUGGCCAUUUCCUUGUAGGCAGUUGGCACUACUCAGGGAGGCAGGGGGCUUUGGCCUUGACCUGGGGGGUGUCUAGGCAGGCCUCCUGUAUGCAGAGCUAACUCACGUGGGCUCUCGGCCUGAGAGACAUUUCCCCAGACACUUGGGGCUGCCACUCCCAUUUCUUUCUAAGAAUAACUUCCCAAAGGAAAGACUGAGAAACUUAUACUCAAUACUUUGCCCUUCUCUAUGACUCUUGCCCCAGCCAGAGGCAUGAAUUAUGUAUGAAUGAGAAGAACAAGGCCUUUUUUUUUUAAACAACAACAAAACAACACAAAGGGGACUGUGAAGUCUGACAGAACAUUAAGUCUGCACAAAAAUAGUUUUUUUUUUUCCUUUUAGCACAGAGACAGCCAGUGCUAUUCAAACCACUCUGUGCUGUUGCCCUCUGAUGCUUGUGGCCAUCCCAAGGCCACACAGUGGUUGGACCCAGAGAAUGAA